AUGAGCUCUCGCAGCAGCAGCGGCGGCGGCCAGGCCUCCCAGAUGAUGGCCUUCUCGGAGCAUUCGCUGCCGAAGCCGAUCGCCGGCCACCCGCAGCCGCAGCCGUCCCCGCCGUCGUCGCCGAGCGAACGGCCGGCGCCUCGUGGCAGGCGGCGCGCGCAGGAGCCCGGGCGCUUCCUGGGCGUGCGCCGGCGGCCGUGGGGCCGGUACGCGGCCGAGAUACGCGACCCGACCACCAAGGAGCGGCACUGGCUCGGCACCUUCGACACGGCGCAGGAGGCCGCCCUGGCCUACGACCGUGCCGCGCUCUCCAUGAAGGGCGCGCAGGCGCGCACCAACUUCGUCUACGCGCACGCCGCCUACAACAACUACCCGCCCUUCCUCGCGCCGUUCCACGCGCAGCAGCAGCCCGCCGCCUACGCGUCCUCCACCAUGCCGUACGGCGGGCAACAGCGCGCGGGCGCGGCGGCGCCGCACAUUGGCAGCUCGUGCCACGGCCACGGCUACCACCAGCAGGGCCCGGGCGCCGGCGCGGGCGAGUGCUCCAUGCCGGUGCUCAAUGCCGCGGAUCACGGCGCCAGCAGCCCGAUGGACGUGCGCGGCAGCGGCGGCCACGACUUCCUCUUCCCCAGCGCCGACGACAACUCCGGGUACCUGAGCAGCGUGGUGCCGGAGAGCUGCCUCCGGCCCCGCGGCGGCGACCUGCAGGACGCGCGGCGCUACUCCGUGUCCGACGCCGACGCCUACGGGCUGGGCCUCCGGGAGGACGUGGACGACCUGGCGUCGAUGGUGGCCGGCUUCUGGGGCGGCGCCGACGCGGCGUACGGCGGGUUCGCCCCCGCGAACGGCGGCGGCCACGACAUGGUCGCCUCGUCGCAGGGCUCCGACAACGGCUACUCCCCCUUCAGCUUCCUCUCACACUGA